AUGACCUAUCAACAACUAGCCGUUGGCUUUGCCGCCGCCUCUGUCGUAUACGUCGCCUUCAAGGUCUCCCGCGUCAUCUGGUAUGAAUGGACAUCGCCCUUACACGCUCUUCAUGGCCCUUCAAGCAAGAGCUUUCUAUUCGGACACAUGAAGCAGAUACUGGAAGCAGAGGACAUGAUCGAGCAGCAAAAGUGGAUCGAAGAGUAUGGAUCGACAUUCAAGUACAAAGGAUUCGCCGGGAUGAAUCGCCUCUAUACAACCGACCCCAAGGCUUUGAACCAUAUUUUCGUGAACAACAUGGUUUAUCAGAAGCCUGAUGCUGUUCGGCAUAACCUGCGGAUGAUUCUUGGGAACGGGCUUGUGGUCGUUGAAGGAGAGAAGCACCGACAACAGAGAAAGAUCAUGAACCCUGCAUUUGGACCGGCGCAAAUCCGGGAGAUGGUUGGGAUUUUCAUUGAAAAGGGUGUCGAACUUCGAGACAUCUUGCUUGAAGAAAGCAAGAAGCAAGAUAACCAUGGCCAGAUUGAUGCUCUGUAUUGGUUAAGCAAAACGACACUUGAUGUUAUUGGGCUUGCAGGAUUUGACUAUAAGUUCAACGCCUUGACGAGCGGACCCGAACAUGACGAGUUGCAUCAAGCAUUCACUGUUAUCUUUCGGUCAGGGAACCGGGUGUCUAUCCGCCAGAUUGUCAGAGGGUUGAUUCCAUGGACGCGGCCUAUUUUAAAAUACGUCCUCCCUGAUAAGCAAGACGAGGAAUCCGACAAGGCUACGAAGACGAUGACAAGGAUCGGAAAUGAGCUGCUGAAAGAUAGCCGGGCAGCCCUUUCCCCCGAGAACGGGACAGCGGAGAAGGCCUCGUGGUAUAGGAAGGAUCUGCUAUCUUUGCUGCUGAGAGCGAACAUGGCCACGGAUGUACCGGCUGCCCAGCGGAUGUCAGAUGACGAUGUGGUUUCCCAGGUGCCGACAUUCAUGGUUGCUGGGCACGAGACGACGAGUGUGGCGACGACAUGGGCACUGUUUGAAUUGACGCAACACCCCGAAAUCCAGUCCAAGCUGCGUAACGAGCUCCUAUCGGUGGAGACCGACAACCCCACCAUGGAAGAACUGAACGCCUUGCCCUACCUCGAUAUGUUCGUCCGAGAAACCCUCCGACUGCAUACACCCGUGCCAUCGACAAUUCGCGUCGCAGUUCAAGAUGACAUUCUUCCGCUUAGCGAGCCCGUGCACGGUACGAACGGACAGAUGGUACAUGAGAUAAGGAUUCGCAAGGGUCAAACGAUGGCUAUUCCCCUGUUGGCUGUCAAUUCCCGAAAGGCGUUGUGGGGCGACGAUGCUUCGGAGUUCCGCCCAGAACGGUGGGAGCAUACACCUAAGGCUGCGUCAGCCAUUCCGGGUGUUUGGAGCAACCUCCUCACCUUCCUCGGUGGACCCCGUGCAUGUAUCGGAUAUCGCCUUUCUCUAGCUGAGAUGAAAGCACUUCUGUUUACGCUGGUUAGAGCCUUCGACUUCGAGUUGGCCGUCUCUCCUUCCGAUUUAAUGUCAGUUGGGAAGCGUCCUUCGCUUCGAUCGGAGCCAGAUUCUGCCGGCAAUAAGAUGCCGCUGAAGUUGAAGCCUGUUCAGCCCGGUUGA